AUGACCAACGAAACUGAGAACGACCAUUAUAAGCAGCUCGGUCUUUACAAGGCGAGUAUCCUCAUCUGGAAGAUAGUGCCACCUAUACUCAUCUUGCUGGGAACCAUCGGGAAUAGUCUUUCAAUCCUGGUCCUCACUCGUCGCUCCAUCCGCGUCUCAUCUACGGCACUAUUCUUGACGGUUCUUGCGUGCUCGGACCUGCUGGUUUUGUAUUCGGGUCUACUUAGACAGUGGUUGAUUUACUUGUUUGACACCGACGUUCGAAAUCUUAGUGAGGCGGGCUGUAAGAUUAACGUUUGGUUGGUAUAUAGUUCUCUUGAUUUUUCAGCCUGGAUUCUUAUCGUUCUUACUUUGGAACGAGUGGUUUCCACUUGGAUGCCACAUCGUGCUAGGACAUUGUGCACAAAAAAGACUGCAUUUGCCUUCAUAAUAGCAGUAGGUGUAUUCAUAUUAGGUAUAAAUUCGCAUAUAUUAUACGGCAUCGGGUAUAAAAUAACACAAGACGAAAACUAUUAUCCUAUUGAAAAUAAGUGUAUUGAAAUCGAUAGAAAUUACGCAUAUUUUUUCGAGAAUGUCUGGCCGUGGAUAGACUUAUGCGUGUACUGCGCUGUCCCAUUUGUGGUUAUAGUAAUAGGAAACGCUUUGAUACUGUUCAAAGUUUUAAACAGUCAGAAGAAAUCUAAAUCGACAAUUGCAAGUCGACUUGCAAAAAAGUCGUCAAUGCCAGCAAUGCUGUUCACACUUAAUAUUGUUUUUCUCUUAAGCACUUUACCCGUAAGUAUAUAUACUAUCGGCCAGGCUUACUGGCCAAAAGACCUAGAUGAUUAUAAAAUGGCGAAACUGGAUUUCUGGUGGGCAGUUGUUAACAUGCUUAUGUACACCAACAACUCCUUGAAUUUCUUGUUGUACUGUCUCAGUGGAACUAAAUUCAGAAGGGAAGUUAUUCGGUUGUUAACCUGGAAAAAAUGUUUUCGACUGAACCAUAUAAACCCGGCACAAAGAAACUACACGAGUACACGAUUUGACAAUCAAUCACGCUCCUCGACUGCAUGAGAACAGUAAUUGAAGUUAAGAAGAAGAAACUGAAAUUAUAAUAAAUUAGAGAUUUAUUUAUUUGUUCAUAAUAUUUCUUU